AAUAGGAAUUAUGUUACUAAAAUUAUACUACACUAUCUUGAAAACCCCUCCAAUUUUUUAUAAUGUAUAAUGGUUGUAGUUUUCACCAUUAUAUUUCAAUUGUAAUAAGUGAAUGAAAAUCUAAUUUACGAGCAGUUAUAUGUGGUUAGUAUUAGUGGAUUUAUAGUUUCGUUAUUUAUUUUUUUGGCGAACACCGAGCGAGCGAGUCCCGGCUGUCAAUCAAAUAGACCACGCCCCUAAUUAGACCAAUUACAGAAUUUCAAACAGUAAUAUAAUAUAAAUGGGCGAAAAAAUUCGGACCUCAGCCUGAAUCCCACGGGUCUGACUCCAACGUGUUCGUCACUUGUGAGUUUUGUUUUGAAAUCCGUUCCCGGAAGUGACAGCUGAUAUUUGAGGCGGCUUGAUUUGAGGCGGUGGUUCGUCCAGUGAACCGUUAUCUGGAUGUAAAUAACGACAGGAACCACGUCAACGAUCCGUCUGCUGGACAGACGCGAGAUGGACCGACACCGCGAGUUACCGGAUGUGGAUUUAGAACCUGAACCUGAGCUGCGAGGCGCAGACGUCCAGCAGCUGUUGGAGGAUGAAGACGAGGUUCACCCCGAACAGCGUAACCCCAGUCUGCAACAGAAGGUCCAAACCCAGCACCCCCACAUUAAACAGGAACCAGAGGAAGUUUGGAGCAGUCAGGAGCGAGAGCAGCUUCAAGGGCUGGAGGAGGCGGAUGUCACCAAGUUCACUGUGAAGAGUGAAGCAGACGAAGGUUCAGACGUCCAGCAGCUGAUGGUUGGUGAAGAGGAGUUUCCCCCUGAGCAGCAGCAGAGGGGACCCAGUGUGAAGCAGGAGGAGCCAGAGCCCCCCCACAUUAAAGAGGAACAGGAGGAAGUGUUGAGCAGUCAGUCUCCAUCAGUCUGGGACCUGAAUCCAGACAGAUGUUUACAUGUGGACGCCGUGAACGGGGCGACAGACUCUUCAGACUUCACGACUGAGGUCAGUGACGUUCAAUGGACGGAAACCGGCGAACCUCAGUCGCUCUUUAAGUCCCUGAAGAUCAUUGAAGUGGCUUCAGGUGACGUGAGUCGUGAUAAAGGCAAGAAAACGUACAGCUGCUCUGAGUGUGGGAGAAUAUUUGGCCGCACCCCACAUCUGAAGAUCCACAUGAGGACUCACACAGGAGAGAAACCGUUCAGCUGCCCCGUCUGCCGCAGAAGCUUUACGCAGAAGGUGAAUCUGACCUACCACAUGUCCGUCCACACGGGUGAGAAGCGAUUCAGCUGCUGCUUCUGUGACGAGAGAUUCACGUGGUACACUCAACUCAAAAGCCACCGGUGUGUUUGCGAGUCGUCGCGGUUUUAUCAGAGUCCGACCGAGGAGACCGGAAAAUCCAAGGCCGGGGAGAAAUCAUUCAGCUGCUCCGAGUGCGGCAAAGUUUUCAGCCGCAAAGACAAUCUGAACAUUCACAUGCGGAUCCACACGGGAGAGAGACCGUUCGGCUGCACCGCGUGCGGUAAAAGUUUUAAACACGGCGGACAUCUGACGCAGCACAUGUCCGUCCACACGAAGGAGAACAGGUUCAGCUGCGAGGUUUGUGACCGAAGAUUCACGUGGCUUUAUCAGCUCAAGAGACACAAGUGUGGAGGUGAAUCCUCGCAGCCUCACGGGCUGGGGACCAAACAGGAGGAAGCGCCGCUUCACGGGCUGGAAGAGGCUGGUGAAGAGAAACUUCCGUCCUCACAGUUUCAGAGUCAGACUGACAGGGACAGAGAGGACUGUGGAGUACCAGAACUAGCCAGGAACUCAGGUCCUGGUGGACGUUCAGAACCAGGUCCUGAGGACCAGACUGAAGACUCGGUCAAGGAGCUUAGUGAACCUGGGCCACGUUUAAACUCUGAAAUGGAUUCAGGAAAUAUCGCUGUCAAGAAAUCGUUCAGCUGCUCCGAAUGUGGGAAAAUAUUUGUCCGAAAGGAACAUCUCCAGACCCACGCUAGGAUUCAUACAGGCGAGAGACCGUUCAGCUGCUCUGACUGCGGCAAAAUGUUCGGCUGUAAGAGGUCGCUGCUGGGCCACAUGACCAGCCACACCUUAGAGAAACCGUUCAGCUGCUCUCAGUGCGGAAAAAGAUUUGGCCGCAUGGUCAAUCUGAGGACGCACGAGAGACUCCACACAGGAGAGAGACCGUUCACUUGCCCAUUCUGUGGCAAAGGUUUCACUCAGAAAGUUCACAUGACACAGCACAUGGCCAUCCACACGGGAGAGAAACAGUUCAGCUGCAGCGUCUGUGACAAAAAGUUCACGUGGCUGUCUGGGUUCAGGCGUCACAAGUGCAGCAGCGAGCAGUCGGAGCCGGACGAGGCCGAGGAGAACACCGAGACGGAGCCGAGCGACAAACCGUUUUGCUGCCGCGAGUGUGGGAACAGAUUCAAUCACAAACACAACCUUAAAGCUCACAUGAGGAUUCACACGGGAGAGAAACCUUUCAGCUGCUCUGUCUGCGGAAAAGGUUUCAUUGCGAGCGGCGCUCUGAAGAAACACCUGAGGACUCAUUCAGGAGAGAAGCCGUUCAGCUGCCCGGUCUGUGGUGUGAGGUUCACACAAGGAGGAAAUCUGAAGCGCCACAUGGCGCAGCACACGGGAGAGAUGCGGGAGAAACCGUUCAGCUGCUCGGUUUGUGGUAAAAGCUUUACUCAAGUAUCCAAUAUGAAACGACACAUGGUGCAACACGCGUAGACUGAAACGAGUCGGUCGCAGGAGGCAGAAGGUCCAGACCUGAGCGAGCAUCAGCAUUACGACGACUGAAAUCCUCCGACAACGGAGAGAAGAUACUUCAGAGCUUUAAGAUUGUAAUGAUUGUAACUCCGAGGUGAAGUCUUACAACUAGAGGUCGACCCAUAUGGAUCUUUGGGGCUGAUGCCGUUAUUAGGAAUUAAAAUUCCCAAUACGUAUAUAUCAACCGAUAUAUAUAUUUAUAAAAAUGUUUGAUUUCCUAUGAUGAUGAAGAAAUGUAAUCGAGGCUUGAUAUUUUACAAUUUUUUACCAUAAACUUGAAUAUAAAUAAAUAUAAAUAAAAAUAAAACAAAUACAACCAGAUAAACAAACUUGACUUUAUUAAUUAUUACGUUAUAUAUAAACAUGAAUACAUGUCUUUUCUGCAUUGUUUGUUCUAUAAGAUGAAGGUUAUCUUUAGCAAACAUACUUGUUUUGUUUGUUAAACAGACGGAAACGAAGAAAGAUAACGUUUUUCCGAUCAGCGAAGCUGGAGACGAAUUAUUUUCGCGGUUAAAAAUCACUUAAUGUCGACUCUGCUCCAUAAAAACUUCCUCAUAUUCCAUUUUUUGACUGUUGAAAUGAUGAUCAACAUUUGGACGUCAACAUGAGACCGGUUGAAUAAUUUUUGUUGUGAAAACAGUUUGAUUGAAAGUUUUCUGUCAUUAAAAUUACGUCUGAAGAAAA